CGCGCGGCCCUGCCCGCGGGCUCCGGGUGUCGGCGGGGCGGCGCCGCGGAACAUGACGGGGCCCUGGGCGGCCCUCGCCCUCCUCUGGGGAUCACUAUGCGCGGGUUCUGGACGUGGGGAGGCUGAGACUCGGGAGUGCAUCUAUUACAACGCCAAUUGGGAGCUGGAGCGCACCAACCAGAGUGGCCUGGAGCGCUGUGAGGGUGAGCAGGACAAGCGGCUGCACUGCUACGCCUCCUGGCGCAACAGCUCAGGUACCAUCGAGCUGGUCAAGAAGGGCUGCUGGCUGGACGACUUCAACUGCUACGACAGGCAGGAGUGUGUGGCCACUGAAGAGAACCCCCAGGUGUACUUCUGCUGCUGUGAAGGCAACUUCUGCAACGAGCGCUUCACCCACUUGCCAGAGCCUGGGGGCCCAGAAGUCUCCUACGAGCCACCCCCGACAGCCCCUACCCUGCUCACGGUGCUGGCCUACUCGCUGCUGCCCAUUGGGGGUCUUUCCCUCAUCGUCCUGCUAGCCUUCUGGAUGUAUCGACAUCGCAAGCCCCCCUAUGGCCAUGUAGACAUCCAUGAGGUGAGACAGUACUGGCAUGGGUCAGGGCAGGGGAGGAGGGAUGGCUGGGCAGACUCCUUUAAGUCCUUGGUCUUCCAGGACCCCGGGCCUUCACCCCCCUCCCCUCUGGUGGGCCUGAAGCCACUGCAGUUGCUGGAAAUCAAGGCUCGGGGGCGCUUUGGCUGUGUGUGGAAGGCCCAGCUCAUGAAUGACUUUGUGGCUGUGAAGAUCUUUCCACUGCAGGAUAAGCAGUCGUGGCAGAGUGAACGAGAGAUCUUCAGCACUCCUGGCAUGAAGCACGAGAACCUACUGCAGUUCAUUGCUGCCGAGAAGCGAGGCUCCAACCUGGAGGUGGAGCUGUGGCUUAUCACAGCUUUCCACGACAAGGGCUCCCUCACGGAUUACCUCAAGGGGAACAUCAUCACGUGGAAUGAACUGUGUCACGUGGCAGAGACAAUGUCCCGAGGCCUCUCGUACCUGCAUGAGGAUGUGCCCUGGUGCCGUGGUGAGGGCCACAAGCCGUCUAUUGCCCACAGGGACUUCAAAAGCAAGAAUGUACUGCUGAAAAAUGACCUCACGGCCGUGCUGGCUGACUUUGGCCUGGCCGUUCGGUUUGAGCCAGGGAAGCCUCCAGGGGACACCCAUGGGCAGGUUGGCACCAGACGGUACAUGGCCCCUGAGGUACUUGAGGGAGCCAUCAACUUCCAGAGAGAUGCCUUCCUUCGCAUUGACAUGUACGCUAUGGGGCUGGUGCUGUGGGAGCUUGUGUCUCGUUGCAAGGCUGCAGACGGACCUGUCGAUGAGUACAUGCUGCCCUUUGAGGAGGAAAUUGGCCAACACCCUUCACUGGAAGAGCUGCAGGAGGUGGUUGUACACAAGAAGAUGAGGCCCAUCAUUAAGGAUCACUGGCUGAAGCACCCGGGCCUGGCCCAGCUCUGUGUGACCAUUGAGGAGUGCUGGGACCAUGAUGCAGAGGCUCGCCUUUCUGCAGGCUGUGUGGAGGAGCGGGUGUCCCUGAUCCGGAGGUCGGUCAACGGCACUACCUCGGACUGUCUUGUCUCCCUGGUGACCUCUGUCACUAACGUGGACCUUCCUCCUAAAGAGUCCAGCAUCUAAGCCCAGGACAGGAAUGUCUCUCCAGACUCAGUGGAUCUGAAGAAAAAAAGGAAAAAAUUUGUGUUUUGUUUUGGAAAUCCCAUAAAACCAACAAACACAUAAAAUGCAGCUGCUAUUUUACCUUGACUUUUUAUUAUUAUUAUAAUUAUUAUAAUUAUUAUUAUUAAUAUUAUUUUUUGGAUUGGAUCAGUUUUUACCAGCAUAUUGCUCUACUGUAUCGCAAACAGCGGACAUGUCAGCAGGCGUUGAGGUGCUGAGCCGUGAGCACAGAAGCAGCGCCAUGCUGAAGAGCCUCAGCCGCCUCUUGUCCUUCGGGAGUCAUCUUUCCCACGUUCUCUGUUUGUCGUCUCAGAAUCUGUGACACAAAGAAACCCAUCUCCUGUCUUAGGAAACUUAAUGCUGCAAACUCUACUAGAGGAACCUUUGAAGACUGUUACUUAAGAACUUACCUCCUCAGAAGAGGGUCGACCCAUCCGUUCCCCCCCCUCCGUCCUCCCCCCCUCGCCCUUUUGUUUUGUGUUUCUCCCUUUUUAGGCAGUGAGCUUAAGAAACAGCAGAUGUGUCUUUCACGGAUCUGACGGGUGUUGUCCUGACCUGACCGAGGAAAAGGUGGGAUGAGGAUGAGGACAGUUUAGACUGGCGUUAAGGGGAGGAUGGUGCUGGGUGGGGUUUGGAGCAGAGCUACACUGGACUCGGGCACAUUCAGAGCAACAUCUGUGUUAUAGAGGCUACUUCUCAGGUAACGAGGAAUUGAGGGCAAGUACCUUGUGGAGGCCGAGCAUUCACAGCAAGUGCAGGGUUUGGAGAAAGUCUGAGAGCAGGGGGUCAGGCUGACCCACCUGCCCGUCCUGACCAGUUUCUUUAGCUCGAUCAUAGGAGGAGGCAUUUAUCCUGCCCCUGUGUUGUUAGGACCAGGUGAGGGCAGAAAUCAUCACAGUUUAGUGAACAUUCUUCAUUAGACAUGAUGCUGUAGAUCUCUUUAAUGGAGGAAAUACUGAAUUAGUUUCCUCUUGAGGCAGUUUGGGGAAAAGCCCUGAGGCGCCCCCUAUACAACUGGGGCCAGAGGAGUCCUGGGUCGUCACUUUGCCAGCCCUGCAGCUCUGGCUUGGCCCCAGGUAGUAACAUUACUGACCCCUCUCUGUGGCUCAUGGGCACGGCUUUCUCCAGACCCUUUAUAGUGGUGCAUAUUCUGAAAAACUGCUUUUCUAUGAUGCCGUAACCUUGCUCUAGUCAGUGAAUGCUCCUAAUGCUGCUGUUUCGACAUUUACAUUUUUUAAAAUUUAUGAAACAUGCUAAAUUUUUUUUUCCAAACAAAACAUACACACAUCCACAUAUAUACACAAGCUUUGCUGUGUGGCUUCCGAGGUUUAAAUUUUAAAAAGUAAAAGAAUUAAAACUUCACGACCACAGACCACCUCAAACCAGAAAUACCUCAGAAUUUUCUACUUGUGUACGUUUUAUUAUUAUAUAUUUUGUUAGUUGUGUUGUCUUGUAGGAAGUAUAUUUUAAUGUAAGUUGGCUUUUAUGACACAGAUGUUUAAAAGAAAUAGAGAAAAAGGAAAAAAAGUUUGUGUCUUUUAGGCAGUACUACCAUUUUGUUUGAGAAAAGUCCCCUUGUAAAUAAUUGCCAUCAACUGUAGGUUGGCUGUUUGGGCCAAGUCUGGGCAUUCGUCACUCUUGUUUGUAAAGACUUUUCCUUCUGGGUUUUUUGGACUGUUUUAUUUAAAAACAGCGCAUCUCUUGAUCUUGAGGGUAGGCCACUUCCUCCUGGGUUGUUUGGAGGGUCAGGUGUUUCCCGUAAGUCCACUGGGUAAUAUUUAGAAUGACAACCCUACUGUGACUUGGUAGAACUGUGGCCCUUACUUAGACCCACAAGUGGUAAUUUUACUUGAGAUUUAAUUCCGCCAGCAGAUAGAUCCAAUAGCACCUGUGAUUGCGCUGUGCUGUCUGGGUGGCCGCACUGCAGCCUAUGAGGGAGGGCAUGGCUCACAUGGGCUGCUGUUCCCCUCGGUGUGAUGUGUGUGGCACCGGGGCCUGCUAUCUGGGUUGUCCUCUUCUCUGGGUGUUUGUGCACAGGUGCUGGGAAGGCCAGUUGGCUUCCCUCUCAGCUUGGUUUUUGCUUCCAUGGAUCACUGUGGGCCAGCCAAGUGGUUAGGGGGACAGGUACUUUGCUUUUGUUUGGGUAAGCUGUGUCGUCUCUUCUUUUUCUCUAUUUGAUUUUGUGCUGUGCUAUUUUUUUCCCUUCAGAAUACUUUUUGAUGACAAAACAGGCCUUACAGCAGUUGCUUUUCUUUUCCACUUAUUUCUUUAAGAAGCUUUAAAAUAUUUAUUGAAAAGUGCCAUAUCUACUUUCUUUAGCUUUCUCCUCAGGCAGUGGGGGCAUCUCCUUUUUACCCUCAUAAGAAACCAACCACUAAGAAAUGUAGCGAAUUCACUGCAAGAAUGAUCCAGUCACCAGUCGUACCCAGUGCCAAACAGUAAACUCCAGCUUCCCCGUGUGGUUUUAGAUUUCUUCCAGGUGGUUUUUGUUUUGUGUGCUGACUUGAUUGUCACAUGGAGCUUGAUUGUCCUGGCCUGGCUGAGCUGUGGGACCUCCUAGUCAGGGCACAUAGC